CUCGUACAACCGGUCUGUAUUGUGUCUGUGCGUGAAGUCAACGGGAGAGGCCGAUUUUACGAACUACAGUCUCAGUUUGUUUUGGCCUAGUUUCAAAAGAAGCUGUGACAUGGAGGUCAGCGCUGAGGCCAAGAGGAUCAUGGUCGUAGCUUUGGGGAAACUGUACAGCUCGCGCACCCAACGAGGGGGUCUCCGUCUCCACCGGAGCCUCCUGCUGACUCUGGUGAUGAAAUCCGCCCGGGACAUCUACCAUGCGGCCCAGGCGACGACGGACAGUGUUGCCUCUGAAUGUGUGCAGCAACACCCCUCCGUGGAGGUGACUACAACCCCUGCUGGUGCUCAUGUGGAGCCCCAGGUUCCCGCUUUGCUCGUCGCCGGACAGCUUCGGACUUCACCCCGAAUCCAGGAGGAGGUCGUAGGUUCACCCACGGAGCGGCGUACCAGCGCUGGAGACAAGGAGAAUUUGUGCCCUACUGGCCCCUCGAGGAAAAGACGGGGUAAAGCGGCCGCUGAGCCGGACUUUUUACCUUGCAAGAAAGCAAAACUUGAGCAGAACUGCCAUCAACAGCUCGCUGUUACCUCCGUUUUGAUUGACUAUGUGAACUGCGGCAGUGAACUGGGAGCACCCCCAACCCCCGUGCCUCUACACAGAGCCAUUGCAGUGUGUUGAAGUCCUGCGCAGCUACAAAUGAAACGAUUUGAACUUUUCGACACGGCCUGGAAGCCUGAAGGGCGCCUACAGUGGGCCUGUUCCAGGGCCGUCGGAUUAACACCCGGGCCAGUGUGUCCCAAAACAUGUCCCGAACAGGAACAAGCCGGGGCAUGUUACAGGAAUCACGGAAGCAGCCCAGUUAUUGCGUAGUAGUGACUUUUGGCCUGAUUAUGGCCUACAGCCUACCAAAUAAGGACUGACUUCAGCUGGCCAAAGGCGGAACUAAAGGAAUUAGUUCCUGUGGAUUUGACUUAAAGCUGCCUUCAUGAACUCAUAGAGAACAAGUUGUUGCUCUACUCAGAAAAUGUAACAUUCAGUGAAUGUGUUGAGGCCUGAUAUCAAUGCUGUCUGAAGAUGUGCACUGUGUUGAAUUCAAGUGUAAAACAUUCACUGACUACAACUACCUCAGUAUUUAUUAAACGUUUUCUACAUAAAGUGAAA